AUGGUUUUUUUUGUCCGCGUCGCGGCAAACGUGUGUGACGGCAACCGCAACAUUCGCCUGCGGUUCCCCUCGCGCCCGACGCUGCGGGAAGUGGCCGCUGCGGCGGAGUCGUACUUCGCGGCAGCCGCCCUCCAUCCCUCGCCGGCCUUCCAGCUGGGCGCGUUGCUCCUCCUUGACGAGCACGCCUUUGCCUGGGUGGAGCUCUACAGCGCGGCGCAGCUGUCCACCGACUGCCAGCUGUACGCCUUUGAGGGGCGCAGGACGCGCCGCCCGACGCCCGCCGGGCCAUGGCAGCGGCCCCGCGUGAAACAGCGGGGCGGCCGCGAGAUUCUGCCGCCGCCCGCCGCAACCGUGGCGUGCCGUGCCUUACCUCCCGCGGGCAGCUCCCCCCCGUCUGCCCCGCUCGACGACUGGGACGACAGCGCGUGUGGCCCGGCCGACGGGGCGGACACAAGACGCUCGCACGGCUCCCUUCCCGCCGCAGGCCCCGAACGCACGGACGGCGUGGGGACGGCUACGCUGUGGCGCGGCCGCGGCAGGCUCCGCGGCGUCUUUGACGGGCUCGACGCCGAGCGGAAGGGGUACCUGCGUCUCGCGGACCUGCAGCGGGCGGUGGAUGCGCAGCGCAGCGUGUUUGUCAACUACUCCGCCCAGACGCUGCUUGCGCUGGCCGACCAAGACGGGGAUGGGCGCGUGUCCUACAAGGAGUGGGUGGGCUUUGCCGUCUCGCACCCGGCCGUGGUGGACGCGUUGUCUGCCGCCGGCGCCCUCGACUCGCGGCUGGGCGGGCGGGGGAUGAUGGGCUGCGAGCACGCGCCACAGCCGAGCCUGACGCCCGCGGAGGCCUGCCGCCUCUCAGCGGAGGCGUACAACCGGUCACGGGCGAUACUAACGCGGGAGGAGGCGCGGCUGGCGGCGGACGCGGUGCGGCUAAACUUCCUGCGAGACAAGUGGGAAGAAGAAAAGAAAAGAAAACAAAAAGCAAAAGCAAAAACAAACGGACGGACGCCGCGGCGUAAAAAGUAG